ACCAAAGGCCAAUCGACCCAUCAUUCACAUCUCCAGUCUCGCAAUCAACAUUCUCUCUUUCAUCCAAAAACAAGCUAUAAAAUUGAACAGCUAUGGCUUGUUGGUCUGCAGAAAAUGCCACUAAGGCCUAUCUCAGCACUUUAAAAAUGGGUCAAAAGGCGAAGGAACCAGACGUGGCUGAGUUCAUAUCAGCACUAGCAGCAGGAAACAACGCACAAACAAUGGUCGUUGCCUGCGCCGGCUCAGCCGGAUCCACCACACUAGCCUUGGUGGCCGCUGCAAACCAAACCGGCGGCCAAGUUAUCUGCAUUGUAAACAGCCAUCAAAAUCUAAAAGCCUCCAAAACCGCAUUGGGUACCGCGGCACAACGAGUCGAAUUCAUGGUUGGAGAAGCACAAGAACUAAUGGUAAACCACACUUUUGAUUCAGCUGAUUUUCUGCUAAUAGAUUGCAACCUUGAUAGCCACGAAGAAAUCCUCAAGAAAGUGCAUGGAAAUAAUAACAAUGGAACAGUAGUUGUUGUUGGAUACAAUGCAUUUAGUUGCAACGGGUCUUCUUGGUUUGGUUCAAGGACUACUCAAUUGCUUCCAAUUGGUGAAGGACUUUUGGUAACUAAAUUUAGAAUUGGAUCCAAUGUGAUUAAUAGUCCUAAGUAUGGUGGAGGAAACAGAGUAAUGAGUAACAAGAGCCGUUGGGUUGUUAAGGUUGAUAAAUGCACAGGGGAAGAACAUGUUUUCAGGGUCAGAUUUCCACCACAAGGGAAAGUCAUU